CACACACUCACACGCUGCAGUUAUUCAGGGGCACAGCGUGGAGGCUGCACACACACACACCAGCACCUUUGGGGCAACAUGGCAAGGAUACCUCACCGCUGUGUGACGAUAUCAGCGUGCUUGGCAGGAGCUCUCCUACUGCUGCCGCUCUGCUGGGGUGUCGAGGAUGAGGAGUAUGACUAUGAUUCUACACAAUUUCCAGAUUACAAUGAAACAUUCGAGUUCAGUUUCUUUAGCAAUGCAAGCAGGGAAGAACUAGAAAACAUUACUAGAUUACUGUUUGGAGUAGAGACAGACACUGGAGAAGACAGCAGCAAGAGAGAAACAGAUGAAAAUGUGCUAAAAGAAAAGCCAACCAAACCCACUGUCCCUAUGAAUCAGGCAUCUAGAUCAGCACCUGUACGUUUUAUUACUCUGCUCAUGAUGGUUUAUCAACUGCUCAGACUACUAUAGAAGACACACAGCACCUUACAGAACAUCAGAACAGAAGUCUUCGCGGAGGAAGAGCAGAUGGACAGAUAACCUGGAUGUUCAGAACAGACCGACAAGUAGACACACAUAAAGAACUUAAGGACCGAAGUGGACAACAUCCAUGACAAACUCACAAUGGCACAAGCUGUUAAAGGAAAGACACACUGUUUCGGCUUUAAUAAAGUAAAUAUAGAGCACAGAGGUCACAGGUCGCAUAGGCUGGAUCAGUGCAAUGGAGCAUAUGAGUAUAAAUGUAGGGCUAAACUAAAUGACCAAUUGUUUUGUGCCUGUUUUGAUUCACAGAUUCAGAGCCUGGGGGUAAAAAAGCCCCCGUAAAAUGUCAUGUAAAAACAAUCAAAUGAGUGGACAUUAAUUGUACACAAUGUAAAGUUUUCUUAUGCCAAUUUUGUCUUUAAGCUUCAUGCUUUACAAUAGUUUGCCCUUGAUUAAUUCUAUGCUUAAAUCCAGACCAUGUACGUGCAGAAACACAUCAUUUCAAUGCAAGUUUUUCUAGUCUUAAAGCAUAUUCAGUAUCAUGACCUUCCACAUAGGCACUUUUUUACUCCUGCACUUCUCAGCCUCACUGCUUCCUCAGUAAUCUUACUAUUAAUGACAGCAGCAGAUGUUUAAUUUUCUAAUGGAUUUAUUCAUUUUGAAUUAUGGUGCUCUACACCAAAAUGCACAAAUUUGUGAGCCAACAUUUUUUAUAUGUUGUUAUAGAUACGGAAUAAAUAUUUUUUCAUGUAAUACA